AUGACGUUGUCUUUCAUCUCGCCCGCGGCGUCGGGUUAUGCUUACUUCUGCGCCUUCUUCGCCGGCGUCGGCUCCCUCCUCUGGGGCUACGACUCCGGCAUCUUCGGCACCGCCCAAGCCCAAGACUACUUCAACGACCAAUUCCACCCAGACCCAGCUCUCCUAGGCGGCAUCAUCUCCGUCUACACAGCCGGCGGUGCCAUCGGAUGUCUGCUGUCCGGGCCCAUCGGGAACCGCUGGGGUCGGCGUGGGACUAUCCAGAUUGGCGCCGUCAUCGCCGCUAUUGGGACGACGCUACAGACGGCCGCGCAGGAAUCGAUUAUGCUUAUCAUUGGUCGUUUAGUUACCGGGUUGGCGAUUGGGGUUAUUUACUUUGCGAUCCCGAUGUUUCAGUCUGAGAUCUCACCGGCUUCGCAUCGCGGGUUGUUUGUGGGGCUGCAUGCGCAGUUUAUUGGGUUUGGGUAUAUGAUUUCGAAUUGGGUCGGGUUUGGGAUCUCGUAUACCACUGGCCAGGUAACGUUUCGCUUCCCCGUCGGCCUCCAAAUCUUCUGGGCCGUCCUCCUCUUCACCGGCACCUUCCUCCUCCCCGAAUCCCCGCGCUGGCUCAUCGAAAAAGGCCGAGCCGACGAAGCCGAAGCCGUGAUGAAGCGCCUCCGCCGAUCCCACAUCGACCCCGACCUCGUCAAAAAAGAACUAAUCCAGAUGCGCGACCAAAUCCGCUGGGAGAAAGAAAACGAAGAGAUCUCCCUCCUCGGCAUCCUCCGCAAACCCUCCUACCGCAAGCGCCUCCUCCUCGGCUGUGGCGUGCAAAUCGGCCAGCAGAUCUGCGGUAUCUCCGCUAUUAACUAUUACCAGACGCUCAUGUACAAGUCGCUGGGGAUUCAGGGGCAUUUGGUGUUGGCGCUGGCCGGGGUGUGGGGCUUGACGGGUCCGCUGGCGAAUAUCUUUUGUUUGAUGUGGAUUAUUGAUCGGGUGAAGCGGCGGACGCUGUUUAUUGCGGGCAGCGUGGCCAUGACGGUGGAUAUUGCUAUUGUGCAGGCGUUUGUGGCUGUUUAUGGUGGGUCGGAUAACACGGUUGCUAAUGGGUUUGGGAUUGCGUUUUUGAUCUUGUUUGGGGUUUUCUUCUCGCUGUCGUGGAACUCGGGCGCGCCUGUGUACACGGCUGAGAUCUUCCCCACGCAGAUCCGUGCUGUGGGGGGUGCUAUCUCGACGUUUUGGUCGUUUGUGAUUCAGGUUAUUCUUGCGCAGGCAUCGCCGACGGCGCUGGAGAAUGUGGGGUGGAGGUAUUACUUUUUCUUUAUUGCUACCAACAUCACCUGUAUUGUUGCCGUGUACUUUUUCUUACCGGAGACUAAGGGGAAGUCCCUCGAGGAGAUCAGCGAGGUGUUUGGAGAUGUGUUUGUGAGCAUCCGCAUGGAUGAGGAUCUGAAGCAGCCAGAAGAGGAGGACAGGGUUCCAACUGCGAGAACCGUGGAGAUGACUUGA